CUGUAGGAUCAAUGUUGUCAAAUAGCGGCUAUAGCGGGGAUAUUGCGCUAUAGCAUAUCAGUUUUUAAUGAAAACGCUAUCGCCACACCGAUAUGUAGCAUUUUUCUGUGGCGGCCGCCAUACCCGUGGCGGCGCCAUAGCGCUACCAUAUCCCGCAAUAGCGGUAUUUUAGCCCAAUUUUGACUUUUUGGUGCUAAUUUUGACUUUUAUUAGGCUUUUUAUUUUUUAAUUUAAUUUUGCAUAGGCCCAAUCAGCCCACCCCAAUAAUUCUAACCCCAAUAAUUCUAAAACCUAAUUCCACAACCCCAAUCUGCCGCUUUUCAUCUCUACUCCUUCAGUCCUUCCACAAUCUGCCACCCACCGUCGCGCCGCCGCCACUGUCCCGCUGCCCCCGCCUGUUGCAGCCUAGCCAGCACCCGCCAGCACCCUCCAGUCCCACUCAGUGACUCAGCCACCGCCCAGCCAUACAGCCUCUCCUAUUCACAAUCUGCACCCUACAGCCCCUCCUAUUCACAAUCAUCCCCACUCAGUGACUCAGCCACCGCCCAGCCACUUGACGCCGCCACCCCCGCGCCGCCGCCACCCUCGCGCCGCCGCCGCCGCCACCUACAGCAGCCGAGCACCUUCCAGCUGGAUACUUUCUGAAUCCAAGCAUCUUCUAUGAUAACAGGGAGUUGAACUUUGAUAGUGUGGAGACUAAAGGGUUAUAUGCAUGUAUUAAUCGAUUGGCGACAUCAAAAGCAGAGGAAGAUAGGGUGCUUCAACAGUUGAAUGUGUACACAAACGCUGCAGGCGACUUCUUUGGUACCGAGGCUGCGCAACGGCAAAGGAAGAUUGUACAUCCCGGUGAGAAACUUUAAACUUAGUCCUUAAAAAUUUUUGAAUUCUAUUUUCUAAUUUGGAAACAUAUAUGAUUGUGUAGCUACUUGGUGGUCUAUGUUUGGGAAAGACACUAGGCUUUUGCAGAAGUUUGCAAUCAAAAUCUUAAGUUUGACAUGUAGCGCUUCCGGUUGUGAGCGCAAUUGGAGUGUCUUUGAGCAGAUUCAUACAAAAAAGAGAAAUAUGCUCGAGCAUAAGAGGAUGCAAGAUUUGGUUUAUGUGAAAUAUAACCAAAAAUUGCAUGAUAGGAACAAGCUUAGUGCAACCGAUGAAUUUGAUCCUAUUAUUCUCGAUGAUAUUGAUGAGUGCAAUGAGUGGCUAGUUGGGGAGUUGGAUGAUGAUGAUGAUGAUGAUAUUGAUGGUGGUAAUCAUUUGGUUCAUGAUGACGAUGAUACACUUGAUUGGAACAUGGUGUAUAAGGCUUCGGGUGUUGGAGAGCCUAGGACAUAUACUAGGUCAAAGAAGAGGAAAGAAUCUUCUACAUCUAGUUCAAGUUGUCUUAGAGUUUCUAAGAAAAAAAGAACCUAUCAUACCUAGAAAAGGGAAAGGGAAAAGGAAAAGGCUUGCGCUUGUAGAUGAAGAAUCGGAAGGGGAAGAAUUUGAGGAUAGUGUAAGUGGAGAUCAAGAGGAUGAAGCAAUGGAGGAUGAAGAUGAAAUGAUGUCGAUGAUAGUGAUGAUGAUGAGCUAGAAGACUAUGUUGAGCUUGAUGAUUGAUGUCUAUUGAGCUUAUCAUGGUUUUAUGUUUUGUUGAACACUUGAACUAAAGACUUUAAUUGCUAGACUUUUAUAUAAUUGUUUUCUAUUUUAUGCUUUA